CUCUUUUCCUUUCCACAACUUUUAUUACCAGUCCGUUAUACCCUGGUCGCCUACCGAGCUUCUCCAACUUCCCUUCCCUUGUACCCUCACCGGUCGCAAGGCCUACACUAACUCUGUACUCCCAUCUGCCGAUCUAAAAUGCAGUCCGACAAGCAUGUCUUCAAACCCCCCUCUCGUUUCCCCGCUUCGCAAACAAGAUCACCCAUCACAACCACGAACCCAUGCGCCUCCGCAUCAUGCCGUCUUGGCAACCAUCACUCCUCUAAAUUCCUCUGGACACGCUUUGGGAUAGCAAUCCUACAUUAAUAAAUACCCAUAUUCCCACGGCCCCUCCGAGAGAAUCCCAAAAUGGUAAACCUAACAACUACUCUUUCAACUCUCAUAACCGCCAACCACAUCCUACACUACCACUCCGUCGUCGACGCGAUGGGCCACAUAUCUGUCCGCAAUCCCGCCAACAACGCCACCUUCUUUAUUGCCUUGCAAAUGGGCCCCGCGGUCGUGUCCAGCCCCAAAGAUAUUGGCGAGUAUUUAAUUGAAGAUGGAAGUCCUGUAAAUGGCACUCUGGGAGGAUAUGCAGAGAGGUAUAUUCAUUCGGAGGUCAUGAAACGGUAUCCGGAUGUCAUGAGUGUGGUGCAUAGCCAUUCGGAGGAUGUGUUGCCGUAUACGCUCAAAUCGGUGUUUCUUAAUGUAUCACCGCGCUCACACAUAAUCUCAGGUGAUUCUGUCCCCAACUUCGAUAUCUCGACAAUCUACACCUCUUCCACACCCCACGACAUGUUAAUCAACACACCCGUCCUCGGCGCUGCCCUCGCGCAAACCUUCGGCAUAAACACUACCAACCCUACCUCUCCACUCCACACCACUAUUCUCCAACGUGGCCACGGUUUCGUGACAGCCGGUGAGAGUAUCGAGAUGGCAGUGGAUUUUGCGAGCUAUGCGACCAGUAAUGCGAGGGUCCAGACUACGGCGAUUUUGUUAGCGAAUGCUAUGGGUGGAGGGAUUAAGUAUUUGAGUAGUCAGGAAAGAAAAGAUUGUGCGGAUAUGAAUCGGUGGAUUGCAUUUAAACCUUGGAAGCAGUGGGUUAGGGAGGUGGAGAGGAGUGCGAUAUAUGAUAAUGAGUUGGGGACACCACCGGGGGCUUGAGUUUGGGGAGAGUCGGUUAAACGGAGGAGGAUAACGGGAGGAGAAGGUGGUGGUGGUGGUAUUCUAAGAUUGGGCUAGUAGAAGGGUGGUAGUCCUGG